AUGAAGGCUGAGUAUCGGACUCGUUUAUUAGCCUCAAUAGAUUGUGCUAGAUUUCUCCUACUCCAAGAUUUGGCUUUUCGUGGUCAUGAUGAAUCUAAUAUCUCUAAAAAUCAGAGAAAUUUUCUUGAACUUUUGCACUUCUUUGCGGAUCAUAAUGAUGAUAUAAAAAAGGUUGUUCUUGAAAAUGCCCCUAAAAAUCUCAAACUCAUUGCUCCAGAUAUUCAAAAGGAUAUUUCAAAUGCUUUGGCAAGUGAGACUACAAGCAUUAUUGUAAAUGACAUUGGACAUGGAUUGUUUGCUAUUUUAUGUGAUGAAUCUCGUGAUGCAUCAACAAAGGAGCAAUUAGCAGUUGUUAUUCGUUACGUGGAUUCACAUGGAUAUGUGAUUGAGCGUUUUCUUGGCAUUUUACAUGUAAGAGAUACUACUACUCUUUCACUUAAAAAAGCAAUUGAUGUUUUAUUUUCAAAACAUGGUUUGAGCAUAUCACAAAUCUGUGGUCAAGGUUAUGAUGGUGCUAGUAACAUGCGAGGUGAAUAUAAUGGUUUAAAAACUUUGAUCAUGAAGGAAAAUGGUUCUGCAUAUUAUAUUCAUUGGUUUGCACAUCAGCUGCAAUUGUCAUUUGUAGGGGUUGCAAAGAAACAUGUCCAAGUCUCUUCUAUGUAUAAUACAUUGUCUACCUUAGUGCAUGUUCUUGAAGGUUCAUCUAAAAGACAAGAAAUUCUUAGAGAACAACGCCUUAAGAAAGUCGUUGAUGAUCUAAUGACUGGAGAUCUUUUGGUUCUUAUGUAUGAUUCUGUAAUAGAUGUUCUUUUGAUAAUUGAAAAUGAUGGUCUGGUGGAGCAAAGAGGUCAAGCAUAUGCACUUAUUAAUUCUUUGCAAUAUUUUGAAUUUGCAUUUAUUUUACACUUGAUGAAGAAAAUCAUGGGAAUAACGAAUGCACUAUCUGAAGCAUUACAAAGGAAGGAUCAAGAUAUUGUGAAUGCUAUGGAUUUACAACUCCAAGAACUCAACAAUCGUUUCAAUGAAAUCAAUAUGGAGUUGCUUCUUUGUAUGGCAAGCUUGAGCCCAAGUGAUUCCUUUGCAGCAUUUGAUAAGAAAAAGUUGAUUCAUCUUGCUGAACAUUAUCCUUGUGAGUUUUCUAAGUUGGAUAUUCUUGCACUUGACACUGAAUUGGAUACUCAUAUUAAUGACUUGAAAUCAGCUAAGGAAUUUCUCGAUUUAAGAAAAAUCUCUGAUCUAACUCAAAGGUUGGUGGAAACUAAGAGAGAUAUUGUGUAUCCAUUGGCUUAUACGCUCUUAAAGUUGGCUUUGAUUUUGCCUGUUGCUACAACUAUAGUAGAAAGGGCUUUUUCAGCUAUGAAUAUAGUGAAGAAUCGGUUACGAAAUAGAAUGGGAGACACUUGGAUGAAUGAUUGUUUAGUUACAUAUAUUGAGAAAAAUAUACUUCGUGAAGUUGAAAAUGAGAAAGUUGUAAACCAUUGUCAAAAUAUGAAAACUCGUCGUGAACAAUUGUAA